UGACACACCACUGAGCGGCCACAGCAGCAGCCAUCCCCCUGUCACAUGGGCUUAGUGGGCGGGGACUACAGUCAGCUGAGCGGCGGCCAUUUUGUGUCUCAGUAUCCGGUGACAGCAGGAGACUCCAGCAGAAGCUGCGGGGCCCUACCCGGUGUCCGGCCAUGGCGCUCCGUAUGGUGAAGGGCAGCAUCGAUCGCAUGUUUGAUAAGAACCUGCAGGACCUGGUGAGAGGUAUCCGGAAUCACAAGGAAGAUGAGGCAAAGUAUAUCUCUCACUGCAUCGACGAGAUCAAGCAAGAGCUUAAACAAGACAAUAUUGCAGUAAAAGCCAAUGCCGUCUGCAAGCUGACAUAUUUGCAAAUGCUGGGCUAUGACAUCAGCUGGGCUGCAUUCAAUAUCAUUGAGGUGAUGAGCGCCUCAAAGUUUACUUUUAAGAGGAUUGGGUACCUAGCUGCUUCACAGUGCUUUCAUGAGGGGACCGAUGUCAUUAUGCUGACCACAAACCAAAUUAGGAAGGAUCUCAGCAGUCCCAAUCAGUAUGAUACAGGGGUUGCCCUGACUGGCUUGUCUUGCUUUGUCACUCCUGACUUGGCCAGGGACUUGGCUAACGACAUAAUGACACUGAUGUCCCACACAAAGCCAUAUAUUAGGAAAAAGUCGGUCCUGAUAAUGUACAAAGUUUUUCUGAAGUACCCAGAGUCUCUGCGACCAGCCUUCCCAAGACUCAAAGAAAAACUGGAGGACCCUGACCCAGGGGUGCAGUCUGCAGCAGUGAAUGUCAUUUGUGAACUAGCCCGCCGAAACCCCAAAAAUUACCUAUCGUUGGCCCCCCUGUUCUUCAAACUCAUGACUUCAUCUACUAACAACUGGGUCUUAAUUAAAAUCAUCAAAUUGUUUGGGGCACUUACUCCCUUGGAACCAAGACUGGGAAAGAAAUUAAUUGAGCCUCUGACAAACUUAAUACACAGUACAUCUGCAAUGUCUCUUCUCUACGAAUGUGUGAAUACUGUUAUAGCAGUUUUGAUAUCGUUGUCAUCUGGGAUGCCCAAUCACAGUGCCAGUAUUCAGCUCUGUGUUCAGAAGUUACGUAUUCUUAUAGAAGACUCUGACCAGAAUUUGAAGUACCUGGGAUUGCUAGCUAUGUCAAAGAUCUUGAAAACUCAUCCAAAGUCUGUACAAUCCCACAAAGAUCUCAUCCUCCAGUGUCUGGAUGACAAGGAUGAGUCCAUAAGGUUGCGAGCCUUGGAUCUGCUGUACGGGAUGGUGUCAAAGAAGAAUUUGAUGGAAAUUGUCAAGAAGUUGAUGAUCCAUGUUGACAAAGCAGAGGGAACUGCAUACAGGGAUGAAUUACUGACCAAAAUUAUUGAUAUAUGCAGCCAGUCUAACUACCAGUACAUUACCAAUUUUGAGUGGUACAUUAGCAUUCUAGUAGAGCUCACUCGUCUGGAAGGGACACGCCAUGGGCACCUCAUAGCUGCUCAGAUGCUUGAUGUUGCCAUCAGAGUGAAAGCUAUUCGGAAGUUUGCUGUAUCGCAGAUGGCUACAUUGCUGGACAAUGCCCACCUACUGGCCAGCAACACUCAGCGCAAUGGAAUUUGUGAAGUACUUUAUGCAGCCGCUUGGAUUUGUGGCGAGUUCUCAGAGCACCUACCGGAACCACAACAGACCUUGGAGGCUAUGCUAAGACCGAAGGUCACUACGUUGCCAGGUCAUAUUCAGGCGGUUUAUGUACAGAAUUUGGUAAAAUUAUACUCUUGUAUACUGCAAAGCAAGGAACACGAGGGAGAUCAUGAAGCGGCAAAGGAGAUUACACAGCUAAUGGUCGAUAGGCUUCCCCAAUUUGUACAAAGCGCUGACUUGGAAGUUCAGGAGAGGGCUUCCUGCAUACUGCAGCUCAUCAAAUAUAUACUGAAGCUACAAGCAAAGGAGGUCCCUGUUGCCGAGGAGGUUAUGGCACUGUUUGCUGGUGAACUGAACCCGGUUGCACCAAAAGCUCAGAAAAAAGUCCCUGUUCCUGAAGGUUUAGACCUGGAUGCCUGGAUCAAUGAGCCACCUUCAGAUAGUGAAUCAGAAGAUGAAAAGCCCAAAGCAAUCUUCCAGGAUGAGAAGCAGAUACAUGCAAAGUCAUCCCGACCAGAGAUUGAUGAGGACGAGUUGGCAAGGAGGCGCGCUGUUCGGAAAGAAGAACAAGCCAAUAACCCAUUCUACAUUAAAAGCUCUCCCUCCCCACAGAAGCUGUACCAAGAUUCCCCUGGUGUUGAUCACAUCCCUGUGGUGCAGAUUGAUCUUACUGUACCACUAAAAGUUCCAGGGCUUCCCAUGUCAGAUCAGUAUGUGAAGCUGGAGGAGGAAAGAAGGACCAAACAACGGCAGGAUAAGGACAAGAAGAGGAAGAAGGACAAAGAGAGGAAAGGUGGAAAGACACAGCGACAUAGAUCUCUUCACACAGAGAGUGAUGAAGAUAUUGCCCCAGCCCACCACGUGGACAUCAUUACUGAGGAGAUGCCAGAGAAUGCCCUUCCCAGUGAUGAUGAUGACAAGGAUCCAAAUGACCCAUACAGAGCGCUGGACAUAGAUUUAGAUAAGCCCUUAGCAGACGCAGAAAAGCUUCCCGUUCAAAGACACAGGAAUGCAGAAAACCUAAAAUCUCCUGAAAAUGAAGCCUCUACCUUGGACCAAAAAAUUCAAAAGCCCAGCAAAAAGGAGAAAAAGCAGCAAGAGUCUGAGAGAGUUAAGAAGAAAGAAAAAAAAAAAAGUAAAGGGAAAGAAGAGAAAACUAAACGCAAGAAAUCUUCCCUGACCAGCGCAACAAGGGAAGAGGAGGAACUAGUGAAGAAUGUAGAGGUCAAACAGGAUGAAAAAGCUCCCACAGAUGACAUGGAUUUCUGGCUAUCAAGCUCACAGAUUCCGCCACAAGUACAGAUUCCUUCAGCCCAAAGCCAGCCUGAUAAAAUUGCAACUGUGGAGGAGCCGGUGGAGCCCAAACAGCCUGAAGUGCAGGAGGAAGUAAAUGAAGAAGAAUCAGAGAAGAAGUCUCAUCGACAUAAGAAAAAACAUAAGAAGGAGAAAGAAGAUUCUAAGGAGGAUAGGAAAUCCCGAAAGAAGAAACACCACCACCACCACCACCAUCACAAUCAUCACAAUGAAUCACCUGUAGGGGAACAUACAGAAUCUGUUCAUAAUGGGACCUUAGAUGAAGAAGAGCCUCUUCCGCCAAUGUCCAGUUAUUGCCUUUUGGCUGAAAACAAAUUCAUCAAAAUGAUGUAUGAUGUUCAAGGAGAUCUGCAGAAGGAGAGCGAGGUCAAAGUCUCCAUCAUUUUAGAAAACCAGAGUCAAAGUUUUCUUAAAAAUAUGGAGCUAAAUGUUUUGGAUUCGUUAAAUACCAAAAUGCGUAGGCCAGAUGGGUCUUCUGUUCACGAUGGGAUACCUGUGCCAUUCCAGUUGCCUCCAGGUGUGUCUAAUGAAGCUCAGUUUGUAUUCACUGUGCAAAGUAUUGUAAUGCCCCAGAAGCUCAAAGGAACAUUGUCUUUUAUAGUAAAGGAUGAUGAAGGAUCUUCUCAUGAAAAACUAGAUUUCAAAAUCCAUUUCAGUUGUUCCUCAUAUUUAAUCAUGACUCCCUGCUUCAGUGAUGCAUUCGCCAAACUCUUGGAAUCAGGAGACUUGAAAAUGAUUUCCUUGAAAGUAGAAGGUACAAGUCUGUCCUUUCACCACCUGUUAGCAAAGAUCUGCUUUUACCACCGCUUCACAGUGAUUGAACGAGUCGAUUCCUGUGCGUCAAUGUACAGUCGGUCCAUCCAGGGCCACCAUGUUUGCUUAUUGGUGAAAAAGGGUGACAAUUCGAUAUCCAUUGAUGGCAAAUGCAGUGAAGCAACACUCCUCAGCAGCCUUCUCAGUGAGAUCAAAUCUACAUUUGCAGAAUCAUGAGUGAAGAGGAACCCCUUCCCUACAUUUUAUCCUCAUCCUCUCUGCUCCUCCGGUACAGCGCAAUCAGAACUGAAAGUGAAAAGACUGACCCGCAAAAGCAUGUUCAAGCCCCUCAUUGCAGGAUCACCAAUUUUACAGUCACAUGGAAAUGGAGACUUUUAUCAUGCCUAAUUUUUUUUUUUUUGUUUAUUAUUAAUACAAAAUACUGGAGUAAAUUCUAUUUUUUGUUAUAUAUACCGCAGUAGUAACUCUUUGCAGUGAUAGAACAGCUGUUAAUUGAGAUCUCACAUUCAGCAAUAUUGCUGUUGAAUGUGUGGGACAUCUUCGGACAGUAAUAUGUUAUUACUGCCACUCAGCGUAUAUGCCUGCAUUAAACACCAGGCUUACACACUGUUUUAUUAUUAGCCCCAAAUACAUUAAUAUACAACAUAAAUAUUUGCUGUAAUUGAUUUCCCAUCAGUAUUGUGCUGAACUGUGGCUUGUAAACAAAGUCCUUUUUGUAUCUCUGUAGUAGAUCUGUCAUCAGUCAGGCCCCUCACUAUUCAUUAAAAAGUGAGGAACUGUUUUAAUUGCUUAGAACGAUUGUCCAACAUAGCACUUCUACUGAAUAUAACAGAAAAUCUGCCUUGUUUGCUGUGUUGCAUGGAUUGCCUGUAAUGAGAGAGAGAAUAUUUAAUGUUCUUGAUUACUUUUAUGUCCUUGCUACACAUCUCAAGUCUUAUUUAUGUGCAGUUAUGAGUUAUGUGCCCCUUUUAAUCUCUAUUGCACUCUUAGUGGGCCUGCAAGACAUUCCUAAGUAUAUCUUUAUUUGCCUCCCCUUCAUAACUGGAAAAUCCAAGUUUGCUCUUCCUAGUGUGUCUUAUUUGUUUGUGUGUGGGUUUUGUUUUUGUUUUUUGCUGGUUUGUUCUGUUUCUUUCCCUUGUGUUUCCCUCAUAUUAGCUGUACCUUUAAAAUAAGUUUGUUUUUUUUGUACAUGUAACAAUGUUGUGGUGUACAGUCUGAUUAGCAGAAGUUAUGAUAACCAUUAACACCUUUUGCCUUCAUAGAAACCUGAUGUUUAAAUAACUAAAGAUCUGUUAAGGUAAAAGAUGUUCAGAUUCAAAAAUCAUGUGGGGACCUGGGGAAAUAACUGGUGGUGCCUUAACAUAACAUUCUAACACAUUACCAAGUGAGGCAAGUGUACAAAAAUGUUAAAGGAUCCUAACCCAUGCCUUUUCAGAAAUGAACUUCCUAACACCCAAUUGUAGGAAGAGAUAUUGGUCCAUCAGCAGAAAUAGACUGCAACAUUUGGAUAAGAUACCACUAUUAUAUACAAACAUCUAUUUAUUUCACAUUUAAAAUAGAUGUAAAGAAUUGUGUAUUAUUGUAACAAUAGUGCAUUGUAAAAGAUCAUUUACGUUAGUGUAACUUGCUGGUCCUGCAAGAAAUUUUUGGCAGGUUUGGUGGGUAGCUUUUUUUACUUUUUAACCUCUGCAACCCUUUUCUAAAUAAGUCUUGGUGGAUUUCCCUGUUACAUUUGAUGUUUGCGACAGAAGAAAAGCAAAACAGGCUGCAGAUCAAGCCUGUAAACAAAUAAAGUAUUAGCAUUGUUACUACAUCUUUAUAAACACUAAACUGCAGUCUGUACCAAGCAACAGUCAUCGCUCAGCAACCAUUACACUUGUGUGAUGAAACAAUCAAAUUAUUUUUACACUUAUAAAAGCUUUGAAGGUUAUGUCUUGAGUUAGUAAGAUAAUGCACAACUUAAGUACAGGAAAGCAACUGCAAGAGCAGAGGGUAGAAAAGAAAGCAUUUAGCUAUGUGUAAUACUGUACUUGUCUUGCUUGUCUACAGCCUGUAUGAGGGCAUUCUUUAGCUGUGCUCCUACAAUAUCACUAUUGGAUUACAAUAUGUCCUCCCCUUUCUGCACUCCUUUUGGUGUGUUGUAUGCCCAGGCCCUGCACAUCCUGUGUCCUAGUCUCAGAUUCCAGAUCUCUUGAAAAAAAUGUCUGUACAUUUUCAUUGUUUCUAUCCCCAGCCUUGCCCUCUACCACAUCCGCAUGUAGAGUAUUUUUUAUCCAGGACCCUGUUUAGUGAUUCUAGAAAUUUUCAAAAUGUAUGUGUGAUAAAUUUGCUAUUCACAUUCCCUUAAAGAGGGCAGAGAAAAGGUACCACAAAUGCUGCUGUGAUUAUGUCAAGAUGAUCCACAAUAAAAUAUGGAAAUGGUUAUGAAA